AUGGAGUCCGAGUUUAUAGCUUUAGACUUGGCUGGCGAAAAAGUCGAGUGGCUCAAAAAUUUCCUGGAGGAUAUUCCAAUGUGGCCAAAGCCGCAUAUUGUCUCGGUUUACUACUGCGGUGAACAGUUCAAGAUCUUCCACAUCCACUGCAUCACCAAGUACACCCGAUAUGUUUUCACUAAGACGGACUUGAACUCACACCUCCCACGGGGUGGAAUAGUUGGAAAUUGGAAUCACUUCAACUGCAAAAUCGAUGAGAAAAUCAUCAAAGCAACCGCCGAUGCACUGGUUUCCACUGGUCUCUCUAAACUUGGAUAUACCUAUGUUAACAUAGAUGAUUGCUGGGCCGAAUUUUCUCGUGAUCACAAGGGCAAUCUAGCGCCCAAGAAAUCAACAUUUCCAUCAGGCAUUAGAUCUCUAGCGGAUUAUGUUCACAGCAAGGGUCUUAAGCUAGGAAUUUACUCAGAUGCAGGGUACUUCACUUGCAGCAAGACCAUGCCUGGUUCACUUGGCCACGAAGAACAAGAUGCCAAAACAUUUGCUGCUUCGGGAAUUGAUUAUUUGAAGUAUGAUAACUGUAAUAAUGACGACACCAAGCCAACUGUUAGGUACCCUGUAAUGACCCAAGCUCUAAUGAAAGCAGGUCGUCUCAUAUUCUUUUCACUUUGUAAAUGGCUCCCCUUCUUCUUGGUUGCGAUGUGAGGAAUAUCACAAAAGAUACCAUGGAGAUCGUUGAAAUAAAGAGGUUAUCUCUGUAAACCAAGAUCCACUUGGCGUCCAAGCUAAAAAGGUCAGAUCAUUAGGGGAUCUUGAGGUAAAAAUGAAAAUGCCAGAAAAUCUUUUUGAUAUGUAUACGUAAUACUUCUGUCAUUGUGUGUGCAAGUGUAACUCUGAAAUUUGAACGAACAGAUUUGAAUGUUAAUGGUGUUGAUGAGCGAUCUCUCUCAUUAAUGUUUGGCGCAUUCAUGGUUUACAAUCUACGAGUUCCUAUUUAGCAUUUGCCAAAACUUGAUUUCCAAUCAAUAACAAUCUGGAGGAAGCAAAUUUGUUCCUCUUCUCCGCUGAUU